AUGAACGGUACCAGGAUUAUUUAUGAUCGUAAAUUUUUGAUGGAGUGCCGCAAUUCUCCGCUUGCCAAAACACCACCUUCUGACCUUCCGGACAUUCCAGGUGUUACAAGCCCAAAUGUGGAGGAGUUGAAGAUUGAGAACAACCAUGUCCAAAACUGUGAUGAGAAAGUGAGCGCAGGUGAGGAAGAGCAGUUUGACAUGGACAUCUAAAGCACGUGCCCUGAGAGUGCUUAUCCAGUGAAGAACCAGGACUUUGUCUUGAGGAUUCCCACCAGCCAGGCUUCAAAGUAGCCCAUGCCUUGAGUGCCUUCCUGCUUCCUGGGAAAGGCGGUUUCUUCCCUUCCGAGAACAGAGCGUGUCCCGUUAGAAGGACCGAGUCUCGGCCUCUCUGUGUGGGUGCGAAUACCCAAGCGCAGCCCCUGAUGAUGAUGGGCCUUGGAGUGCCGGAGGAGACACUCUCAAUGAUUGUUUUUUUUGUUUCCAGUUUUAUGCUUUUGUUAAUCAUUUUAAUACUGUAAAAGUUACAGAAAUGCAAUAUAAGGGAGAAAUAAAAAUCAUUUCGAGUCUCCUGGUAUG